AUGGAAAAUAAUUCUGACAUUCAUAAAACAAUGUUUAUUUCAUAUAGAAUACAAGAAGAACUUGCUAAUGGUACGCUGGUUGGCAAUUUAUUCAAUGAUGUGAGGAAAUUAUACGAGAAAUUCAAAUCGACCUCUUCGCCUGCGUCGACAAUAGAAACAACAACGUUGCAUUCAAUGAAACAAUUAAGAAAAUUCGAAUUAAAUCCAUAUGAUGUAAAUUCAAAACAAAUGAUUGAAUAUUUUAAAUUAGAUCAACAGACUGGAAAUCUUCUCACCCGAAAUCCGAUUGAUUAUGAACAAAUUUGUCCGAAACCAUUUGUUCACUCAACCUCAACAUCAUCUUCAUCAUCAUCAUCACUGAUGAAAACAUUGCCAACAAUUAAUUCAAAUCAUCAUGAACUAGUACAGUCAUCAUUGUAUGAUUGUUUAAUUAAAUUGAUUUUAUUUGUAAGUUUACAUAAUUCAACCGAUGAACGUUGGAUUCCAAUAAUAAUUUAUAUUGAAGAUAUUAAUGAUAAUCGUCCAAGAUUUAUUGCAUUGAAUUCAACCAAAUGGUCUGGUUAUUAUCCUUUAUCAAUAAAAGAGAAUAUUCCAAUUGGUACACGUAUUCCUUUAAUGAAAGCAUAUGAUUUGGAUACAAUGGAAUCGAAUACAAACAUUUUAUAUAAAUUAAAUUAUUAUCCUGAUGAAAAUAAUCAAAUUGAUGAGUAUCAUCAAUACUUCGACUUGAUCCCAUGUUCCACUGAUAGUCAAUUUGAACAAAAGACAAUUCAAGGCACAAGUCAUACUAAUUCUCCAUGUUUAAUCAUUAAAGAUGUACUUGAUUAUGAGCUUAAACAAUAUUACUUUAUUGAGUUAAUAGCAUGUGAAUCUGGUUUCACGCAGACCGAUUGUGCAACAUUACCAAUAAAAAUCUCGAUAAUCGAUGCAAAUGACAAUCCACCGAAAAUUAUUUUCCCUGUUGAUAAUUAUUAUACUGUUAAUGUAUCAGAGAAUUUACCAAUUGGAACUUUAUUAUUAAAAAUUGAAGCAAUAGAUGCAGAUAGUGGUGAGAAUUCACGUCUUACUUAUAGUUUAAUACAAAAUUCUUUAAGAAAAAAUCUAAUCUCCACUGGAACUAAUGAGAAUGCUGAUGAUCAUAAUAACCGUAGUCAAUCCACUACUGCUUUAGCUCAAUUUAUAAUUAAUCCAACUAAUGGAGAAAUACGUUUAAAUCAAGCGGUGCAUGCUCAUGAAACACAACAAAUUGAAAUUACUAUUUAUGUCGCUGAUAAUGGUAUACCAAUGCAAAAAAUUUCCAAGACUAUCCUCUUCCAAAUUAUUGAUUUGAAUGAUCAUGCACCAAAAAUACAAAUUAAAAAAGUUGGUUGUGGCAAAUUCAAUGUUGAAUCGAAUGAAAUUAAAAUUUCACCAAAUAUUGAAUCUGGCAGUCAUAUAGGUUUUGUGGUUGUUAGUGACCCGGAUCUUGGCGAAAAUGGUCAAGUUACAUGUGAUCGAACACUGGAGGAUUAUAGUCAUAGUAAUAAUAAUAAUAAUAAUAAUAAUAAUAAUUGGAGUAAAUAUUCCGAUUUAAAAAUUAAUUUAAUUAAUAAUGGUCAAAUAUCUGGUCAAUAUUUGUACACAUUACAAGUUGUACGAGAUGAAGAACAUCAUUUAAACAAUGCGAAAAAUGAUCGACCGAAUUCACAAACUAUUAAACCACUCGAUAAUCAUCAUCGUGAUUAUCAAUAUCAAACAUCAAGUUCAACACAAGCAUUAACUUCAAUCACCAUGAUUAUCACUUGUCAAGAUCAUGGCAGGCCGUUAGCUUUAACUACAUCGAUUAGUUUGACAAUCACAGUGACUGAUUAUCAACAAAUUGAUUUAUGCUUUGAACAAAACACUUAUCAGCUGAUCAUUGAAGAAUCCAGUGAACCUAUGUUCAAUUUAUUACGACCACAAUUACUUGAUGCAAUUAGUGAAGUGGAAUUUAGCAUACAUGAUAAAAAUGACAAAUACACCAAUGGUUGUGAUCAAUUGAGAAUUGAUCCAUUGACUGGUGAAAUAUCAGCACCGAGUGGUAUUGAUCGAGAGAAAAUGUCAUUUAUUGUUUGUUCAAUCAUAGCUAAAGAAUUAGAAAGUGAUUUAAUAAGACAAAAUCGUGUAGCUAGUGCUGAAUUACUAAUCAAUGUUACUGAUAUUAAUGAUAAUGAACCGAAACUUAGUAGAGAAAUUUUAUUAUAUGGUUUCAGUAUACAUGAAUGGGAUGAAUACACUAGCACUGUAGUUGGGAAUAAUCCUAAUGAUCCGAUGAAUUCAUAUAUGAUUGGUUUUUUAAAUGCUAUUGAUUUAGAUUUAGGAGUGAAUGGUACAGUGAAAUAUUCACUUGCUCAUGUUACUGUUGAAAAGAAUACUGGUCGUAGAAAUGCAACUAGACCAUGUUUCAAUAAGAAUAAUCAUCAUAAUAAUAAUAGGGUUGAUGACGCUGUGAAACCUUUAUUUCAAAUUGAUUCAACUAGUGGUUUAUUAAGCCUGCCAAGAAAUAAUCAUCAACUGAUUGAUUGGGAAACAGUAACUGCUUAUAAUUUACAAGUAAUUCUUGAAGAUUUCGGUAAUCCAAUCAAAUUGACUUCUAUGCAAACCAUUACAGUUUAUGUAACUGAUGUCAAUGAUAAUCCACCAAAAUGGUGUAAUCCAAUUGGAUCUACUCGUGUUCCAAUUUACGCUUCUAAAGAAAUUAUCCUCUAUCAUCUUGAACCAAUAUGGGAAAUUAAUCAGAAUUCACCAACAGAACUACGGUCACAAUUGGCAGCUUAUGAUUUUGACUCAGGAGAUAAUGGUCGAUUACAAAUGUUUAUUAUUGAACAGAUGACUCAUGAAUAUCAACACUUGAUUGAUCCGAAUAAAUUACAUUUCCCAAUGGAUUCAUUGUAUCUUUCAACAAAUGGUGAAUUAAAACUACAUAUUGAUCGAUUAGAAGAAAUCUAUGAAUAUUAUGCAUUUGUACGUGUUCAAGAUCAAGGCAUUCAUAGACAAUUAUAUACUGACGGUUAUUUUUUUGUACGUUUACCAAUACAAACAGUUAAUAAACUGGAAUUAUCUAUCCAUUCACUCAAUACCACUAACGGUAACAUGGAUCAUUUAGGCAAAUUGAUGAAUACUAGUCAAUUACAACCAAUCAUUCAGGCAACAUGGUUCUGGUUUAAUGAAUCGAAAGUUAUCAUUGUGUUAAUUAUUUCAUUCAGUUUAAUUAUUCUCUUAUCGAUUAUUAUGAUUUUUGUUAUUUUAACCAAAUUUCACAAGAAAAAACAUCGAAAAUCACGUAAAAAUUAUCUUCAUCAAAUUAUCGAUAAUAUGGCACAAAAAGAGGAUGCCUUAAAUUCCGAUUAUUAUACUACUAACACUAUUAAUAGUAGUAGUAAUGCAAUUUUUCAUAAAAAUGAUUAUUUCACGAUACAUUCAAAUUAUAAAUACGAUCCAUUGAGUUUAACUCAUCAGCCUACAGUGUCGUCUGGCACAAUCAAUCGUCAUUGUCUGCCUGAUUCAAAGCAACAUUUAGCUUUGAAUACUAAUCACUUCAAUGCGACAUCACCUAUCUCUUCCAGUUUAUAUCCUCAUAUUCAAAAUACGAAUAAUAAUGAUUAUGAUACUAAUAAUGGUAAUAUUGGCAAUCGUUAUUCACGUGACCAUAUUCAUGAGAAUGAAUUAGAUAAUUCAUGUGUUGAGCCAAUGAUUCAACAUAUAUCAGCGCCAUAUGAAUUGUUUUAUCCAACUGUCUACACCAAUUUAAUGACAUCAUAUGAUUUCAAUGAAAAUGAGAAUACUACAACCACUACUACUACUACUACUAAUAUGAAUUGUAGUAGUAUUCAUAAUUAUCAACAUUUUAAUAAUACACUUCAGUAUCAAAAGCAUAGAAUAUCUAAUCCAUUGAUAAGCAGAGAGAAUUUUAUUAACCAAGCAAUAACAUCAGUGUCAUCAUCCUCAUCUACAGCAAUGAUGACACCCAUGAUGAUCAUGACAACAACAUCACCUAACUAUGCAGAACAUCAUAGAAGAGUUAAUCCUCAGUUAAUUAGAACUAAAUACAAUAAUGAAACAUUAUUGAGACAAUUUUAAAUUUAGUUUUGUUUGCAUACACAUAGGGGUAUAGGGAAAAAGAAAUUUACUGUGAUUUUGAUUUAGCAUAGUUCAGUGCACACAUCUACGCUGAGUGAAUGUGUGAUUAUGUAAUUAUCAACAAAGUCUACCUUCAUCAUAGUGAUGUAUUCAAAAUAUUAUUGUUUUUCUUCUCGAGAAUGAUAAUUACAGUGCGUAUGUAAAAUAAUCCAUGCUGUGUACAGUGAAAUUAAACUUGUUAACUUCUCCUACUCUCUAUCUCGCUGAUUUUACAUGCGUGUAAUGAUAAUCUUAAACUUUGUGUAAACACUUAACUGAAUAAUGCUCAUUACAGUAAAAU